UAUAUAAACCUCACGAUGCACGAAAGGUCUAUCCACUAUUUCCACAAUAUUCAACCGAAAAUGUUCCGCGCUCAACGCGUUUGCCUUUAUUUCGUAGCUUUUCUGGUCUUGGCAGCUGCCAGACCCAAAAUUAGCCCACAAAUUUCCCAGAAUCAAAUUGGAUUGCGAGUGAUCGAUCCUUCUACUGAAGAAAGGGUUCCUUCAAAGUCAUCAUUAGCGACUGACAGCUCCAGCGAAGAGUUGCCCACAGUGACUUCAUCAUCUGAGGAAACUAGUGAAGCAGCUGAGAGUUCCAGCCAAGAAACCGCCGAGUCAUCUGAAGAUUCCAGUGAAGAUGAGAGCUCCGAAUCUAGUGACGAAUCAGCAGAAGGAUCCUAUUACUAUGAUUACUAUAGUUACUAGUUUAUUGAUGCAUCCCAUCACCAUUGUACUUUGUGUCAGAAUAAAAAAAAACAUAUCUUUUUGAAGGGACCCGAAAA